AUGGUGAAUUGGAACGUUUUUCGAAUCUUGGGAGAUCUAGCCCAUCUCGCAUCAAAGGGUAUUCUCAUAUUCGCAAUACAUUCGAACCGCAGCGCCGAAGGCGUCUCCCUGAUCACGCAGGUCCUGUAUGCCCUCGUAUUCUGUACCAGAUACCUCGACAUCUUUCGAACAACUAUACUAUGGAACCUGCUAUUCAAGAUUGUCUACAUUUCGUCAUCGUUUUACACCAUCGGGAUAAUGCAGUGGGUGUACCCGCGCUCGAGGGAGCGUGAGCUCUCGUGGAAGCUAGGCGGAGGCGUACUCGCCGCUGCCGCAGUCCUGUCGCCCUUCAUGAUGAUGAUUUUCUACGACCAGUGGGGUUUUAUAACGUGGAUGUGGGUGUUUUCCGAGAUUCUCGAAUCAGGCUGUAUUCUGCCCCAGCUUCUCCUGCUUCGGCAAACCACGGUCCCGACCGUCAUCAACUCCUUCUACCUGCUUGCCCUUGGGUCCUACAGGGCCCUGUACAUCCUCAACUGGUUCGUCCGCGAGUUCGACACAACCGGCCGAAAGCCCGAGGCAGUGGCCGUCAUCUUCGGCAUGAUCCAGACAGCGCUCUACGUCGACUUCGCAUGGGUAUACUACACCCGACAGCGCGUCAAGCUUCGCGGUGGCGGCAUCGUCGACGCAGACGACAUGCGCCGUGGCUGGUUACUCCGCCGCAUCUUUGGCAAGCACGUGGAAUCCGCUGACGAUGAAGAGAGCACUCCCGCACUGGGCGGCGAAGGAAACGGGGCCCGACGCGCUGCUCGACCCGGCUGGGGAGCCCGAGGCAUCUCCGUCAGUGCGGAUGAGGGCGUAUUCGAUGCGGACCGCCACCACGACCAAGAAGAGGGCUUGGAUGGGGGCCAUAUUGAUCCGGAUGCCAAGAUGCAUGACCCGGAUGAGCUAGCAAAGGCUCUGGACGAUGACGAGGAUGAGGCCCAUCCCUCAGCCGGAUCAUCAAAGGGGAGCAACGGGGGCAAUACGCCCAGCGGCAUGCGUAGCGGUGACGAAUGGCGAGAGUAA